UCUCACUCUUCAUCAUGAGCCGCAAGUCGCGACGCUGGAUAUUCCGCAUUUUCCUCUGUCUCGGAAUAAUCUACCUGAAGAUCGGAGGGUUCUCGUCAGUGAUAGCUCUGGGAGCCAGCAUCAUCUGCAAUAAAAUCCCAGGACUCGCACCACGACAGAGGAUCAUCUGCCAGAGUCGACCGGACGCCAUCAUCGUUAUAGGAGAAGGAGCACAAAUGGGCAUCAACGAGUGUCAGUUUCAGUUCAGGAACGGCCGGUGGAACUGUUCCGCCCUCGGCGAGAGGACCGUCUUCGGAAAAGAGCUGAAAGUGGGCAGUAAAGAAGCCGCGUUCACGUACGCCAUCAUCGCAGCGGGCGUGGCCCACGCCAUCACGGCGGCGUGUACGCAGGGGAACCUGAGCGAGUGCAGCUGCGAUAAGGAAAAGCAGGGGUUCCACGGCCGAGCGGACGGAUGGAAGUGGGGCGGCUGCUCGGCCGAUAUCCGCUACGGCCUCGGCUUCUCCAAGGUCUUCAUGGACGCUCGGGAGAUCAAACAGAGCGCCAGGACUCUCAUGAACCUCCAUAACAACGAGGUGGGACGGAAGGUCCUGGAGCGCAGCAUGCAUCUGGAGUGUAAGUGUCACGGCGUGUCGGGUUCCUGCACCACCAAAACAUGCUGGACGACCCUGCCGAAGUUCCGCGAGCUGGGCUACAUCCUAAAGGACAAGUACCUGCAGGCGGUGCACGUGGAGCCGGUCAAAGCCAGCCGCAACAAGCGUCCGACCUUCCUGAAGAUCAAGAAGCCGUUCUCUUACCGCAAGCCCAUGGACACGGACCUGGUGUACAUCGAGAAGUCGCCGAGCUACUGUGAGCCGGACCCUGUGACGGGCAGCGUGGGGACGCACGGACGGGUGUGCAACAAGACCAUCACGCACCACUCCAACAGCUGCGACCUGAUGUGCUGUGGGAGGGGCUACAACACGCACCAGUACUCGCGGGUGUGGCAGUGCAACUGCAAGUUCCUGUGGUGCUGCUACGUCAAGUGCAACACCUGCAGCGAGAGGACAGAGGUGUACACGUGCAAGUGAUCGAAGGCGUAUCGCAUCUCGUCCGCCGCUCGGAAGGUGGGGUUUGUUUCGGAGGGGUUUUGUUCCAGGAUGUCGAUGUUGCUGUUCAUGUUGCUGCACAAUAUAACCACUGGAUGACUUUAUGGUCACUUCCUGGACUGAACGAAGUCCAUCCUCGUGCAUUCCGAGUGCCUCACGAGGCCCCGCGGCGUCCAGGUGACUCUGGAGCUGUCUGAAAUGUGUUUCACGCCCCGCUGUUAGACUUUCCUGCGAUGAUGAUGAGCGUGUACGCGCCAAGCAUGUUGACAAUUCAUUUAAAGACACGAUUUUUAUUUAUUUAUGAACCUACUAUCAUUCGUCUUGGUUUGAGGUAUGAAAUAGUGGCUGUUAGUAGUGAGAGCUGCUUCAAUUCACACUGGAGGCUGAAAAUACUACUGAAAUACUACUGAAAUACUACUGAAAUACUACUGAAAUACUACUGGCAUGCUGGAUCUUUCCUUGUAGCAACAGCAUGCCUUCUUAUAAAUAAUCUCCGCUCUAUUUUGCUGCUAGUCUGGAUUAUCACGCACGGUGCGAUAGUGGAAUAACUCCUGAUUAAAACCUCGAUGUUUUUUCUUUUUUUUAACCGCAGUAGUGAUUAAAUCCCAGACAAACUGGACUUUACACUGAGAGUAUAUUUUGUGAAAAGAGUAUCUGUAUUUUUAUAUGAAUGUUUUAUUUAUACUGUCAUUUUCUCCUGUGGGUUGUGCACAUCGCCUCUCGGUCCGCUCGGGCAACACUUCUGUGGAAUUAUGGGUGACUUUUACACGGUUCUUCUCGCAGAUGUUAGCGCCAUUAAACUCAAACCUAAUGCAUUCCAUCGGCUUCGUUUGUUUUUAUGGUCCAGGUGUCGGCUUCGUAGAUCAGCGGACCUCCGAACCCAUCGGAUGCGGGUUUAGUGGAUUUUCGAUAAGAUGCUUAUUUUACCUGACGUUUGAUUUUUAAGUCUACCGAAGAUUACGACAUAACGAGGACUACUACGUUCUUUAAAAGAAAUUAGAACCCGUACAAGGUUCUU